AUGGCAUUUGGACAGGGCUUCCAGGACGCCUGGAGGCUGCGGGGCUCCUACGUGGUGGUGUCAAAGGAAGAUUACUGCUGAGCGCAGAUCCAGCACACCAUCGGCUACCUGCAGGCCCAGGCUGCUCGCCGUGGCUACCUCACCGAGGUGCUGCACCUUUUCCACGCCCUCUUCUCUGGCUUCCUGGCGCAGAUGAGUGCCUAUCUGGAUAUAGCUUUGAGGUUGACCCACAUUGGGUACACUGAGGAGGACUCCUUUGUCUUUACCCAGAACAUUCCAUGGAACCUGAAGCGGAUUAUGUUUGUGCAGUACCAGGAGGAUGAAUACAACAUCCCAGACGGAGGGCGCCUCGUAUAGGUGUAUCUCUUAGACACCAGAAUCCAGAGUAGCCACUGGGAACUUGAGGGCUAAGUCACAGUCAUGGACUUGGAGAGUGUGCCCAAGGAGGAUGGGACACACUUCCACAGACAGCAAGCUAGCAAGUGUGACAGCCACGCCACCCACCUGGCUCUUCGUCUCUGGGUAGAAGGGAGAUGCCUGAGAAAUGAACGAAGGCUUCAAGAGGUUGAGCUGCAAGCUGAGGGUCUCAGCACCCACAGGUGGCCAUGGCCGAGGCCCUGAGGUCAGUCCGCCCAGUGUGUGGUCCACAAGCAAGCCAGCAUCCAGGCACCCUGCUGCCACGGCCCAGGCCUGGAGGGCAAGAUCAAGGAGCACAGGAUCUUGGGCCCUGCACAGCAGGUCAGUGUGGCCUGUGAUGAGGGCUGGACCCUGACUGGCUGCAGUGCCCUCCCUUGGGUUUACCUUCUGCUGGGGAUCUAUGCCAUGGACAACACGUGUGUGGUGAAGGUCUGGGAGGCUGUGACCAUCGCCAUCUGCUGA